AAUCAUCUAUAACUCUGGUGUGAACUGCUACAUCUAGAAAAGAUUUGAUUUGUAUAGCCUUUUCAAAGGUCUUUUGGUUGCUUGUUGUUAAUAUAAGGUUUCCAUUACGGGAAAAAGUGACUAAGUCUCCCUUAUGUGUAAAUUUUUCCAGCUCUUUAUGGAAUUUUAAUCCUUUAUUUGUGGGAAUUUGGGUUUCGUUUCCCGAAAUGGCAAUUUUAACGUUUGGACAGCCAUUUUUUAUUGCGAGUUUGUAUCUGUCUGUGUCCGGAGCAUUAUUUUGGAAAAUGAGGGGGUCAUGUUUGCGAACUUUGUCCGCUACUAGACUCUCUUCAUUAUUGGACUCCUUACUUUUACGUUUAUUAUUUGUCAUUGUUGAAAAACCAUGCCAAGCAAACAGAGGGGGGAAAAAAUAAAAAGAGAAUAGACUAAGAAAAUUUUACAAUACUUGGUGUAGCAGAUAAACGUCCUCCCGGGAAGAAAAAGACGAAAUGAGUCUAAUGACUCAAAAUAUCAAACUAUUAAGACUGUGCUCCUCCAAAAAAAAAAACGCGGCUCUCACGACGGCAGAUUCCAAAAAAACCAGUGCCUAAUUCAACAAAAGUUAGAUCACACGCAGCAUUCUUCUUCUUCUUCUCUCUCUAUUUUGAGGUAUAUGCUUCACUCUAACACAGUGGCUUCACCUCUAUUACUCCAAAAUUUUUCCUGUUUCUACUUGAAACAAAAAGAAGGACAAUGUUCAAUAUUCAGAAGUUGAAGUUGACUAAAAAUCUUGAAGAAACCAAAGUUAUUGUUUGACUCAUAUAUUGUUGUAGCUGCUCCUGUAAAAGCUUAUUCAGUUGUGUUUUUGAAGGAGAAUACCUUAGAAAUCAUUCCAACUAAGUGGAUUAUGAGGAAUGAAUUACUGACCUAUUGGCCCCCAAAAUGCUCUGAAAGCGUCAUGAAGAAACUUAUUCAAAAUUGUGUUGAUGCAGAGGAGUCUUGGGAUACUUUUGAAAUAAAAGUAUAUUUCGAAACAAAUUCUUUUGCCAGAGCAUCAAAGAAAUUAAAUUUAUAUAGAGAGUCGUCAAAUGUUGCUUCAGAUUCUACAAGCUCUGAUGAAGAUUUGACGUUAAAGAAGCGGAAAAUAAAAGUUCCUCCUCGCUUUUGCGAUAGUCGAUCGCAAUGUAAGAAAAGAAGAAUUUCUGGUACAGAUUCCAUUCAGCAAGUUAGCAACAACGGUGCCACCACAACGGAUGAUGAACGUGAAGUUUGUAAUAAUUACCAAAAAAAAUACAAGAUUCCAGAUCUUCCUACAAAUACCAAUCCAUGUUCACUAAGAUUUUCAUCUGAUUCCAUGGGAUCAGAAAGAAAUGGACCAGCACCACCUGUCUUUUCGAGUACACCCAAACAUCAAACUUUGCCUGAUGCAAAUGAAAUAAAAAAUCUAAUCUCUCAUCUGAUAAAAAUAAAUGAAAAAACUUACCAAAAAGUGAAAGGCUUGGAAAAAGAACUGAAUGAAAUAAAAGCAGAAAUGUGCGAACUGAAAAACCUCAAUGCAAAAGAUAACCAGAAAAUUCUUCCACUAAUGCAGAUCCCCGAUUUAAAGGAUCUGCCAUUUGAUUCUGAUGCAGCAGUGAUUAUGUUCAAUGAGAACUUACAAGCAGACAGGCAACUACAAUCACAAUAUGUUCGCUUCUUAUAUAGUUCCUGUCUGGCAAGAAAUUCUUUGCAGUUUAUGACUUCUUGCUUAAGAAAAUUGAUGAAGAGAAAUGUAGCUAACCUGUAUAGUAGAUUGGGACGAAAAGGAAAGAAAAGUUUUACAAGCCUUUCAUCUAUUUAUGAUAUAAUAAUGGGAGCUGCCACUAUGAAAUUCCCUGAUGCCACACCAGAAGAAUUGUCAGAAAAAUUGGGCAAAGCUUUGGCUUUGUCUGUUGACUGGGAUGGCCGGAAAAAAAGUAACCCUGCUAUAAAUGAUCAACAACAAAUGGCUGAUGACCAGGACAGUGAAUCCCUUCUUUGUAAUAACAGAUUGUAAAAGGAAAAAGGCUACCAUUGAUGCGGACAUCAUCCCCUUUAAAAUGGACUGUAAAAUAAAACAAAUGUACUAUUAUAAUAAAACUUGUAUUUUUGGUGUUC